UGAUUCACUGAUAUGUGAUUGGAGAAGGCUAUUAGUUUAGCCUGAGGGCAGUUUAAAUCAUAUCCUAUUUUGAGAUAGUAUUGUUGAAAUAUUAUUGACACAAUUUCUUUGGCUAUACAAAUAUUUUUUUCUUGAUUCACUGAUAUGUGAUUGGAGAAGGCUAUUAGUUUAGCCUUUAUCUCUUCUUUUUACCUGGGGCUUCAGGGUGAUAUACCUCAAUCAAAGGAAAUACUAGUUUUGAAACUCACAAUUGUUGAGGUCAACCACCAGUUAGAUGGAGAACUCCAGGUGUGGUUUGUUGAGGAAAAGGGCACUAAAAAUAAGAAGAAUUGUAAAUCUUUCUUAUUUGUAUAUGUGUUAGAAUGGACCAGCUGCUUGAUACAUGCAAAGUGUAGUAUAAACUUCAUUGUUGGUGACUGUGAAACAGCAUAAAUCAUAGGUCUAAGAGUAGUGGAAAUUGAUUACAUUUUAGGAGUCAUCCACAAAUUUUAGACUCUGAAACAAAGUUGGUUUAGUAGGUGGUAAAGAGUUCAAGAAAAUAAAACUAGUAACAUGGAAAGCCCAUCAAAAGAAAACUGCACAAAAAAUGAUUCAUAUAUUGUACCUAUAUGGUAAGCAAUGUAGCUCAAAUCAGGCUUCAUGUGCUAAGAUGAUGAACAAAAACUUUUAAGCCACAGAAUGUGAAGGAAAAGAGAGUGAAAGAAUAAACUCAAAAGCAUUUCUGUGGUUUUAAACCAAGGCACAGGCCAAUACCAACCAUUGUAAUUGUGAUUCUAGAAACCCUCUACAGGGACUAAGGAAAGGCAGAUUCCUUUGCAUGUAAAUCAAAUUUUGAGUUAACUGUAGAUCUUGUCCUUAUGUAGGCAUGUCCACUUUGGAGUGUUGAUGUCAGAGUUUUGAGAUGACAAUAUUAUGGAUUAUUUUGUAUUACAUCGUUCAAUAGCAAUAGCAAAAUCCAUCAAGAAUAGGCACUGAGCCUUCUUUCUCAAGAAAGCUCUAUAUCCACAUAUAGGAUAAAUUACAACAUCAAGGUUAUUUGUGUAGCUAUCGCACCCUCUACUAAAAUAAUCAAUAAAAACCCUCUUGAAUAAGAAAUCUCACAAAUGACUUUUUAAGUGGCAUUUUAUGGAAAGAGAAAGAUGACAAAAUAGUAGACUACGAAGAUUUUGGAAUAAUAGACUCAUUCAAAGUACACAUGUCAUAAAAUAAUAACUGGAGGAAUUUUAAGUGGUCCCAUUUUAGGGGGAAAAGGGGAAAAAAUAAAUAAAUAAAUCUCAAUCUAAUUAGACAACUAAAUGUAUAGUGCAACAUUGGGAGUCUCCAAUGAAUAAAAUCUGUUAGAGUUUGGACAAUUGAUUAGUAAAUAAUUAGUAUAUAACAUCAUUAUUGGAUUGCUUUUUAGGAGACCAUUUUCAUGAUUAAUCCAUUUUAAUUGAUUUUCAACUUAAUUAAUUUGUUCUUACCUUUUGGAAGUGUUUACAGAAUGGCAAAUGCUGGCAAAAUGCAUAGUGAUGGAAAAUAAUAAAAACAAACACAAGUAAUAAACCAGAUAAGGCCGCAGCCGAAUGGGGGGGCAAAAAAAAAAAAAAAAAAAAAAAUUGACCUGUUGCUAGCCUGGCCUUAUACAACAGUGCAAAGACACAAGAAAAAUACCCACCAGAAACUGAAUGGUCUCUCUCACAGUCAUCAAAAAACAAGGUCAUUUUCACUUAAUGAUACUAUUCCCAGAUCCGAUUUGCAUAGUUUUCAACUGUGAAGAAUUGGGAAUAAUUCUAAGCAAGUAGAAGGGACUGCUAAAAUACAAAUAAACAGUACCUGGGAAAGAAUGUUAGUGAGUCAGAACUAUAUACAGAAAAAAACAAUGAUUUCAUGUCCUACAAAAGCAUAGAACGGGUUGCCGGCUGAAAAUGUUGACCCAAAAAAAAUAAAAUAAAAUAAAAAUAAAAACCAUUAAUUUACUAGACAAUUGGCAUUGGAAGCGGCAUUACAGUUAAUGAAAAUGGUAAUAAAAAAUAGAUAAAUAAUCUGCCAAAAGAAGUGUAAGAGAAAGAUUGUGUAUAAAUAUAAGUUGUAGUUGGUAAAAAUAGGUAAUGAAGUUGGAGCGGGUCUCUCCCUAGAAAGGGUUAAUAAGGAUAUUGGAAAAUGGGGAUGAAAGAUAGUAUGUUUAGGUAUGCAGAUGGUCUGGACAAGUUAUUGAUGUUUUUGGGGACAUUAGGAAGCCUUGGAGAUGGGUUGCAGAACCCUCUGAUGAUGUACAUCCUUAGUGAUGUUAUCAAUUCCUAUGGAAGUUCCAACGGCUCUCUCACAAAUGAUGAUGUAGACAAGUUUGCACUAAGGCUACUCUAUGCUGCAAUUGGAGUUGGGCUUUCUGCCUUUGUGGAGGGACUUUGUUGGACUAGAACUGCUGAAAGGCAAACAUCAAGAAUGAGAACAGAGUAUCUGAAAUCUGUUCUCAGACAAGAAGCUGGUUUCUUUGACACACAAACUGCUGGUUCUUCAACAACUUACCAAGUUGUCUCAAUCAUCUCCUCAGAUGCAAAUGCAGUCCAAGUUGCUCUAUGUGAAAAGAUACCAGACUGCCUGGCUUAUAUGUCAACCUUCUUGUUCUGUCACAUAUUUGCCUUCACACUGUCAUGGAGACUCACACUAGCAGCUAUGCCACUCUCAAUAAUGUUCAUUGCUCCGGGACUUGUAUUCGGGAAAAUCCUGAUGGGACUUGCAAUGAAGAUGAUUGAAGCUUAUGGAGUUGCUGGUGGUAUUGCAGAACAAUCAAUUUCUUCUGUUAGAACUGUAUAUUCAUACGUGGGGGAGAAUCAAACGCUAGAUAGGUUCAGCAAAGCACUUCAGAAAGUCUUAGAAUUCGGGAUAAAGGCUGGUUUUAUCAAGGGAUUGAUGAUGGGAAGCAUGGGAAUCAUUUAUGUGGGCUGGGGUUUUCAGGCUUGGGUUGGAACUUAUUUGGUUACUCAAAAAGGAGAACAAGGUGGCCACGUUUUUAUAGCCGGGUUCAAUGUCCUCAUGGGAGGCUUGAGUAUUUUGAGUGCUCUACCAAAUUUGACUGCCCUCACAGAAGCAUCGGCAGCUACAACUCGAAUUCUUGAAAUGAUUGAUCGAGUUCCUGCUAUUGACACUGAAGAUAGAAAAGGAAAAGCUUUAUCAUAUGUGAGAGGAGAGAUAGAAUUUAAAGACAUCUAUUUUAGUUAUCCAUCAAGACCUGAUACACCAGUUUUAGAAGGUUUAAACCUGAAAGUUCCAGCCGGUAAGAAGGUAGGUCUUGUUGGGGGCAGUGGCUCUGGCAAGUCCACAAUUAUUGCACUCCUUGAAAGAUUUUAUGACCCCAUAGAAGGAGAAAUUUUCUUGGAUGGAUACAAAAUAAGAAGACUCCAGUUGAAAUGGUUGAGAUCCCAGAUGGGUCUGGUUAAUCAGGAACCUGUGCUCUUUGCAACAUCCAUAAAAGAGAAUAUUCUCUUUGGGAAAGAAGGAGCUUCAGUGGAGCAAGUGAUCCUUGCUGCUAAAGCCGCAAACGCACAUGACUUCAUUGUUAAGUUGGCAGAUGGAUAUGAAACCCAAGUUGGUCAGUUUGGAUUUCAAAUGUCAGGUGGGCAAAAGCAACGAAUUGCCAUAGCAAGAGCUCUACUAAGGGAUCCAAAGAUUCUGCUGCUUGAUGAGGCCACAAGUGCAUUGGAUGCUCAGUCUGAAACAGUAGUACAAGAGGCAAUUGAUCAGGCUUCAAAAGGGAGAACAACAAUCAGCAUUGCCCACCGCUUGUCCACAAUCAGAACAGCAGACUUGAUCAUUGUCCUCCAGGCUGGGAAGGUAGUUGAAUCAGGUUCACAUAACAAGCUGAUGAAAAUGAAUGGGGGGCAAGGUGGCGAGUAUUUCAAGAUGUUACAAUUGCAGCAGGUGGCAAUGGAAAACGAAGCUCCAAAUGAGUUCAAUGACCAGCUAGAAGGGAAAUCUAGACGUAGGAGGAGUGCUACACCAAGCCCUAUUAGUAUUAGAUCCAGUGCCCACAGUACUCCAUCAAUAUACCCCUACAGUACAGCAAUGUCCAUUUCCUUGGGCACACCCUACUCCUACUCUAUCCAAUAUGGCCCUGGUGAUGAAAGUUAUGAAGAAGAAGAUGACGACUUAAAGCGAUCCUCUUAUCCUCCUCCUUCUCAGUGGCGUUUGUUGAAAAUGAACUCACCCGAGUGGGGAAAAGCCUUACUUGGUUGCUUGGGUGCAAUUGGUUCUGGGGCUGUACAACCAAUAAACGCAUAUUGUGUAGGAUCACUUAUAUCAGUUUACUUCCUCACAGAUAAAUCAGAGAUCAAGUCCAAAUCCAGAACCCUGUCCCUUAUUUUCUUAGGCAUUGGUGUUUUCAACUUCGUUACCAAUGUUAUACAGCAUUCCAAUUUUGCAAUCAUGGGAGAAAAGUUGACAAAGAGGGUAAGGGAGAAACUACUUGAGAAGUUGAUGACUUUUGAGGUUGGAUGGUUUGAUGAAGAUGAGAACACAAGUGCAGCCAUUUGUGCAAGGCUAGCAACCGAAGCCAACAUGGUUAGAUCCCUUGUUGGAGACAGAAUGUCAUUGCUGGUACAAGCAAUUUUCGGUGCUUGCUUUGCUUAUGUGCUUGGACUUAUACUCACUUGGAGGCUUGCCCUCGUGAUGAUAGCAGUGCAGCCACUUGUCAUUGGGAGCUUUUACUCAAGAAGCGUCUUAAUGAAGAGUAUGGCUGAGAAAGCUAGAAAAGCUCAAAAGGAAGGAAGCCAACUGGCAAGUGAAGCUGUCAUUAACCACAGAACUAUAACCGCCUUUUCUUCUCAGAAAAGAAUUUUGGGCCUCUUUGGUGCCACAUUGAAAGGUCCUAGGAAGGAGAGUGUUAAACAGUCCUACGUUUCUGGUCUUGGCUUGUUUAGUUCUCAAUUCUUCAACACAGCUGCGACAGCUUUAGCUUACUGGUAUGGUGGAAGGCUAUUGGUGCAGGAUUUAAUAACCCCAAAACAUCUUUUCCAAGCAUUCUUGAUACUGCUGUUUACAGCUUAUAUCAUUGCAGAAGCUGGAAGUAUGACUUCUGAUAUAUCUAAAGGAAGCAGUGCAAUUCAAUCAGUUUUUGCAAUGUUAGAUAGGAAAACUGAGAUUGACCCGGACAGCAAGUGGGGACUUGACCUUAAGAAAAGGGUAAAAGGUCGUAUAGAGUUCAAAAAUGUAUUCUUUUCAUAUCCAACAAGGCCUGAUCAGAUGAUCCUCAGGGGAUUGAGCCUCAGGAUUGAAGCAGGCAGAACAGUUGCACUUGUAGGCCAAAGUGGUUCUGGAAAAUCGACCCUUAUCGGGCUCAUUGAGAGGUUUUAUGAUCCUUUGAAAGGGUCAAUACACGUAGAUGAACAGGAUGUAAAGAACUAUAAAUUGAGAAUUUUGAGGUCUCAUAUUGCAUUAGUUAGUCAGGAGCCAACCCUUUUCGCAGGAACCAUCCGCGAAAACAUUGCCUAUGGGAAACCAAAGGCAACAGAGUCCGAGAUAAAAAGGGCUGCAGUUCAUGCUAACGCUCAUGAAUUCAUAAGUGGAAUGAAAGAUGGAUAUGAUACGUACUGUGGAGAGAGAGGAGUUCAGCUAUCAGGAGGUCAGAAACAAAGGAUAGCACUAGCUCGUGCAAUCCUGAAGAACCCAUCAAUCCUGCUGUUGGACGAGGCAACCAGUGCGCUUGAUAGUGUAUCGGAAAACUUGGUUCAAGAAGCACUUGAAAAGAUGAUGGUUGACAGAACCUGCAUAGUCAUUGCUCACAGGCUAUCUACCAUACAAAAGUCCAACACCAUUGCUGUCAUCAAGAAUGGAAACGUUGCAGAACAAGGCUCACAUAAUGAAUUGAUUUCAUUAGGAAGGAAUGGAGCCUACUGUUCUCUCAUAAAACUACAAACCGGAAACUUACCUUCCUAGUAAACCAAAGCAGUUGUACUGAAACCUAUGGAUCGUUAGUAAACCACAGCAGUUGUACUGAAACCUAUGGAUCGUGUUUAGGCUCAACUUCAUGAUUCUUAUCAUAAAUUCUGUAAUUAUGUGUUACAUGCAUGUUAAUUAAGUUUUGGUGGAGAUAAAAAAUAACCAAGAGUUUUGUGCUAUGUAUGUUUUAUAUUCUUGAUAUUUGCAAACUAAAAUCUCCUAGAGCACUACCAUGGAUUCCCAUAUUCCACUUCAGUUUAUUGAAUAUUCCUUUUCCACUAUAUGAUUAAACUCAUCUUAUAAGCACACAAGGGGUAGUAGUGUAGAGAGGGACCGUUUUCUACUUUAGUUUAGACAAUAAUGUUUUCAGUUUCAAACCUUUUUAUUUAUUUAUUUAUUUUUUUUUUUUAUAUGAAAGAUGCUAUUGCUAUCUAGCUGAUUAAAACUUUUCCUUUUUCCUCUUUUUUUUCUUUAUUUUUUUUUUCCCAACCCAUGUUACUAUAUUCCCUACAGAACUUUAAAAUGGCAAAAGCUCACACUUACCUAUAUCUAAAUUGAAAGUUUGAAGCUCCUAUUCAAUUUAGAAGAACACACACAGCCAAACGUCACUCUUUGGUAUUAAAUAUUUUUGUAUUUGUUUUGGAGGUGGUGACGGAUAAAGAAUAAUAUUCAGUCAAAACUUAGAAAGCUUGUCUAGCCAUGUAGGAAAUAGAAAAAUCCUCUUUUUAUUUAUUUAUUUAUUAUUAUUAUUAUUUUUUUUUUUUUGUGAUUUUAAAAACAAAAACACUAUGCUAACUCAUUGCCAGACAGGACAAAAAGCUUCUUGUUGGCCUGCAUUGUAAAUCGGCCAAUGUGAAGUGAACUUACUCAGAAAUUAUCGAAAACUAGUUCAAAACAACGUAUUUUCUUUCUCUCUUAAAAAAAGAAAACACGUUGUCGUGUGGGACCAACCUUUUCUUUCUCAUACUUAUCAAGGAAAACAUAAAGAAAUUUCCAAUAAGCUUUACAAUUUCUAAGAACCAUAAUGAAAACUGGCCCUCAUCAUGUCUACCCAGCUUACCCAAUUUUCCCAAACUCAAUCAAUUAUGGGAAAGGAACAUUCAUCGGAGAUCUCACUAUAACUAGGACCAACAUAAUUAAUUAUCCAACCUCUCCAUCCAUAGGUGAGAUUCAUAGAGUCAUUUCUUUAAAUGAUCAACAACCAUUUUAAUAUAUAUCCUAACAAAUCUAAGAACAAAAAUAGGUAAUAAUAAUAAUAAUAAUAAUAAUAAAAGUAAUGGAUCCCAAAAAAUCAUCAAAAUAACCACCAAUAAAUUUUGCAUUCCAAGAUUAUCCCCUUUUUCGAGCAUACAAAAUUGUUCCUCAAGUGAAAAAAAAAAAAUAAUAAUAAAGAAAAAAAAAGAAAAGAAAAGGAAACUAGGACAUAGAAAUACAAAUAAAUCAUCCUAAAUUUUUUUUAAAAA